AUGAGUGACUAGCCUACCCAAUAUUAAGAAAAGAAUAGAACCCAACAUCCAAAGAAUCAUAAUCCUCGUUAUUCGGAUGAUAAUAAUUCUUAGAACAAAUAAGGACACAAUUUUAGAGACUCCUAUAAGUACAAUCAUUUUAAUAUCCUACAUAGUAAAAAUCAAAAUCAUUAUCGUCAAAGCAAUGGCAACUACUCUCACAAUUAUUAUAAUAAUAAAUAAAAUAAUUACAGAUACACUCACAAACAAAGAGAUCAGCCCUAUUACUCCUAAUCUGAUUCCAUUACUUAUGAUCAAAAACACUCUGUGCAAUCUGAAAAUCAACAAUAAACUAAUAAAGACCUUUUCUAAUAAAACAAUCAAGAUUCAAAAUCACGGAAUCAAAUCAAAAUUGGAGACCCAUCUAUACAAAAUCAAUAAUUAUAGGAAAUUGAACAAUCAAAGCAAGUUCAGGUGUCUAAAGAUAUACAAGGGCAAUCAAUAAAAAAUACAUAGUAAUCACAAAAUUAAAUAAGUGGUUACCUAUCCUCAGAUGCCAAGGAAAUAUCAAAUUCAUCAUAUAAUGAAACAAUUACAAAUGUAAAUGCUAAAUAAAAUGAUUCAAACUAAAACAAUAAAUAACUUCUUGGCAUUUCAUAAUAAUAAUUGAUUUAAUAAAAAUAAAUACCAUUAUUAGUAUAAUUUUUGAUUCUACCUAAUGACACAACUUCACAACCUUAAUUGAUCCCAUUAACAUUAUAAAAUUUAACAUAAACUUACGAGUAAUUAAAGCUAUUAAUUUAAAAUGAUGAUUAACAAUAGAGUUGA